AUGACAGUCAUGAAAAGAAGCCGUAAAAGUCAUUGUGAAUUCGUUUUACAAAUCCUUUUUUAUAAUACGAAUUCCUCUUCUGUCAUACAUUUCGAUUUGAGCACUGAAAAUGUCCAAGAACGAAGACCGGAUAAACCAGCCGCUGUUCCUGCGACAGCUCCACCACAACCGCCUCAGUGCAGUGGUUUCCGAAAAUUUCUUAUGCGAAUUAGUGAAAAAAUUGGUACCGUCGAAAGAGUCGAAUACAGCAAACGCUUCAACGAUUCGUGCAAAGAUGUCGAUGAGUACAGAGUGGUUCUGGAGGAAAUGGCAGUGCAGCUGAUGUCAGUGAUUCAGCAAAAUCCGAAAUACAUUCCGAUCCCGCCCGGCAGAAUGGAUCUGGCUGCGCCUCCAAAUGAAGACCCCUGGGAGCUACUUGAGUCAGUUCUGAAGUCAUUUCUCCAACACAUCGAAGCGAACCGGGAAGUGGAACAAAUUCAAAUCUCAUCGGGUAAGAUGGCAGCCGCACAUCGCGAACAUCAGCUAAGAGGACGCCGUGCUUUGCACGCUAUUCGAACAUUUAUUAAUGUCGACUAUGAAAACAUCCGAGACGCGCGAACCAGUGAAUUUUUCGAGGAAUUGCCUUCAACACUGGAAACGCUACGGCAGGAAGUUGACUUUGCAAAGCGUCAGCUUAAAGGUUCACAGACGCUAGAAGAAAUUGACACCAAUAAUGCUGUCUACAUGGAUGCUACAAAAAAUUUCAAAAAACAGCUGCACGAUGUAAUUUUUAUUAUGCUUUUGUGA